AGUACUGCCACUCUGGACCUUCUGGGAUGUCUCCAAGGUCAUGUAUGCAUGGGAUUCUCUAGGCUAAUGGAAUUUGUCUAAUAGUCAUAUUGCUAUGUCUCAGGGUCUCUCCAAGUUGGUGCCUAAGAAGAUGAUAGUUACACAAAUGAGUCACUUCUACACAAGCAGCCUUGGGCUUCUUUUCCUGAUUAAUACUUUUCCUGGAACAACUGGCCAAGGGGAAUCAAGACGACAAGAACCUGGGGACUUUGUGAAGCAGGAUAUUGGCGGGCUCUCUCCUAAGCACGCCCCGGAUAUUCCUGAUGACAGCACUGACAACAUCACUAUAUUUACCAGAAUCUUAGAUCGUCUUCUAGAUGGCUAUGACAACCGGCUGCGACCUGGUCUUGGAGAUGCAGUAACUGAAGUGAAGACUGACAUCUAUGUAACCAGUUUUGGCCCUGUGUCGGACACUGACAUGGAGUACACCAUUGAUGUAUUUUUUCGACAGACAUGGCAUGAUGAAAGACUUAAAUUUGAUGGACCCAUGAAGAUCCUUCCACUGAACAAUCUCCUGGCUAGUAAGAUCUGGACACCUGACACCUUCUUUCACAAUGGCAAGAAAUCAGUAGCCCAUAACAUGACCACACCUAACAAGCUGCUCAGACUGGUGGACAAUGGAACGCUCCUCUACACAAUGAGAUUAACAAUUCAUGCUGAGUGCCCCAUGCAUUUGGAAGAUUUUCCUAUGGAUGUACAUGCCUGCCCACUGAAGUUUGGAAGCUAUGCCUAUACAACAGCUGAAGUGGUUUAUUCGUGGACUCUUGGGAAGAACAAAUCUGUGGAAGUAGCACAGGAUGGCUCCCGCCUGAAUCAGUACGACCUGCUGGGCCAUGUUGUUGGGACAGAGAUAAUCCGGUCUAGUACAGGAGAAUAUGUCGUCAUGACAACCCACUUCCAUCUCAAGCGAAAAAUUGGCUACUUUGUGAUCCAGACCUACUUGCCAUGUAUCAUGACUGUCAUUCUGUCACAAGUGUCUUUCUGGCUCAACAGAGAGUCUGUCCCUGCCCGCACGGUCUUUGGUGUCACCACUGUUCUCACCAUGACCACCUUGAGUAUCAGUGCCAGAAACUCCUUACCUAAAGUGGCAUACGCGACGGCCAUGGAUUGGUUCAUAGCCGUCUGUUAUGCCUUUGUAUUUUCUGCGCUGAUUGAAUUUGCCACUGUUAACUACUUCACCAAGCGGAGUUGGGCUUGGGAAGGCAAGAAGGUGCCAGAGGCCCUGGAGAUGAAGAAGAAAACACCAGCAGCCCCAACAAAGAAAACCAGCACCACCUUCAACAUCGUGGGAACCACCUAUCCCAUCAACCUGGCCAAGGACACUGAGUUCUCUACCAUCUCCAAGGGCGCUGCUCCCAGUGCCUCCUCAACCCCGACAAUUAUUGCUUCACCCAAGACCACCUACGUGCAGGACAUCCCAACUGAGACCAAGACCUACAACAGUGUCAGCAAGGUUGACAAAAUUUCCCGCAUCAUCUUUCCUGUGCUCUUUGCCAUUUUUAAUCUAGUCUAUUGGGCCACCUAUGUCAACAGGGAGUCAGCUAUCAAGGGCAUGAUCCGCAAACAAUAG